CCGUGGAGACCACAGCGGCAGCAGCAGUAGAAACUGCAGCAGUGGACACCACAGCGAUGGAAGCGGUGGCGGUGGGAACCGCAACAGUGGGAACUAGAUUAGCAGCAGAUGAACAAGCAGUGACAGGACGAGCAACGGAGGCAACUUCCGUAGCAGAAACUGCUGGAGUGAAUCCCGGAGUUGAAACAGCAACAGUAGAAACUGCAGCAGUGGAGACCACAGCGGUGAAAGCGGCGGCGGUGGGAACCGCAACAGUGGGAACUGCAUUAGCAGCAGAUGAACAAGCAGUGACAGGACGAGCGCGAUGUGGGGAUAAAGAAGAAAGUGGGUGAUGCAAGGACCAUCGCAGCAUGCGUCGGAACCACUGAGAGACGGGUGACAUGUGUAGGAUAGCGACGUUGGCGGUAGCGUGUGUAGCAGGUCCAUCCUUUAGCGAGGGUUGGUGGGGAAUGGCCACGAGAAAGCAUGCGACGAGUGAGUGUUGUCGCUGCAGUUCGGAAGUCCUGCCAAUUAUUGCAGAUGCGUUCAAAUCUGGUCAAUUGCCCAGUGAACACACCUGCCGGUUGAUGGGAAGGGAUGUUGGAGGUAGCACUUGGAUAGCGAAUAACAGGGAAAUCCCAAGCAGCCGCUUUAUCAAACACGCUCAUGCGAAGCGAACCAUCAGAACAUACCCGUAGAUGCAUACCUAAAAAGGUACACGAGCCAUCUGUAGCCGUAGUUUCCUUCCAAUCAAGCCCAUAGUGCUCU